AUGGUUUCCAACACAAAGGCAGAUGAUGAGAAAUCCUCGGAAGCACCGUCGUCUCUAGUUCUUCCCUCACUUCCUGAAGAUGUAAUCAUUGACAUCUUAGCGCGUUCAUCAAGAUGCGACCAUCCAACACUCUCCCUUGUUUCCAAGCACUUUCGAUCACUAAUUGCUUCGCCUGAUCUACAAGCAAGAAGAUCCUUGUUGGCCUGCACGGAGCACCGUCUCUACGUUGCCCUCUAUGACAUAAACAUCUCUUAUCUUUACCAUUGGUAUAUCCUCUGCCGGAAAGCCAACGGCCUUCACUGCUUGGUCCGUGCCCUCUAUGACGUUUACCGAUCCCACACGGUGGAACCCAUCCCAAGCAUCCCUGUUCCUAAUUUCGUUUGUACAUUCGCUGACUUCAUCGACGGGAAAAUAUAUGUUAUUGGAUGUGGCGCCGAUCAUUACCCAGUGAAGGCUAUGCUGGUGUUUGAUACAGAAACACAAAAGUGGGAGCAUGUGAUGACUACGCCAGAGAUGAAUAAAGCUCUCACAAGAAGCUACGCUUAUGUGAUGAUGGCUGAUAAAAUAUACGCAGUGGGUUAUCUAGAAGCCAUGUCUAUGACCCAAAGGAAAGUGAAUACAUGUGUGGUUGAUGAUGUAUUGUACUACCAUGAACGGGUUACGACGAACACCUUAAGAGCGUAUGAUCCAAUUCAGAAGUCUUGGGGAGUGGUGGAAGGCUUGAAAAAAUUGUUGGCUGAGACAUCAGAUUCACAGUGGUCAGGUAUUGUGAAUUACGGUGGGAAUCUGGCUUUGCUAUUCAGAAGAGCAGGUGGGAUUUGGUGUGCGGAGAUUUCGCUGGAAAGACGUCAAAGAGGGCAGAUUUGGGGUAAAGUUGAGUGGUGUGAGCAUGUUUUGACUGGAAAUUUUGAAGUUAAGAGAUCUCUAGCUGUUGUGGUUUAA